UGGAAGUAUUGAGGCAACCGGCACACAUACAGUGUAGCGUAGAGGAGAAUCAACUUUAUAGUACCUUUUAUUUCAUAUGACAGCAACAAGUGAAGGCGUUGCGAUGGCGAAGUGAGUUAUACCAACUGCGCUCAUUCGAUUUUCGGUCACUCUCUACUCGAUACUGAUUCGUUUGUUGGUUUGCAUUUUACUUUACGUCGAUGAAGCAACUGUAUAGCCUUGACUGGACCAUACUCUUAUUCUGAAAACAAUUCGGGAGGAAAAGACAAGUUGUACAGGAGGCUUGCUGCCGUGAAACUCCAUGGUCCGUAAUUGGGAGUAACCAUCUGGAACUAUCAGAGCAAUUCUAUUAUUACCAGGAUCCCUUGCCUUCAGAGGACUGAGUGAUAGGCCGUCCUCAACCUCGUGCUAUGUCUGGAUCUAAAUGACAUGCCCUCUCCUUUCCUCUUCUGUCUAGUUGGAACCCAUCUUUUGUAUUCCUCCGGACUGUCUUUGGUCAAACUCUAUAGUCACUUCACUGGACUCCAAUGGAUGGAUAUGGGGAUGAAGCCAGUGGGUUAUUAAGCUGGUACAGGAUCAAAUGAUAUGUAUAUGAGUAGCUGCUGUGUACCAUCAAUAAUCAUUGAAACCUGCUCUGGAACCGCAGGGAUAGUCAGGUUUGUUACCGGCUGAGCUAAUGGGGCCUCCUCAGCCACGUUGGCAAGCCCUGCUCCCUUCUUCUUCCUGUGUCUCCACUUCCCCCGUGAGGACAUUGUGUCUCGUGGUGGCCCUCAUGGUCGUCACGGCAAUGCCGUGCCCCAAGAGCUGCCACUGCUCGGAGAAGAACGGCGUGGUGGUGCAGUGUGUCUCCCGGAGCCUUGACCAGAUCCCCCCAGACCUACCGGAAGACACCGUUGCCCUACUGCUCUCCUCCAACCGGAUCAGCCACAUCCCCAACCAGGCCUUCAAGGACCUCCGCCGCCUCAAGGAGCUGGACCUGUCGCAUAACCACAUCGAGAGUAUCGACGCAGGGGCCUUCCUGGGGGUCUCCGAGGGACUCCGCUCCCUGGACCUCUCCAACAACCAGCUCCGCAGCGUCCCCAAGGAGGCCUUCGCCAAGCUGAGUGCUCGUAUACGACUCUCCAACAACCCCUGGCACUGCGAGUGUUCCCUCCAGGAGGUACUGAGGGAGCUAAGGCUGGACCCUGAGACGGUCAACGAGGUGAGCUGCCACACCUCCAUCCAGGACGAGUACGCUGGCCGGCCCAUCAUCCAGAUCCUCGACUCUGGCAUCAACUUCUGUAACUUCCACCACAAGACCACCGACGUGGCCAUGUUCGUGACCAUGUUCUGCUGGUUCGCCAUGGUGAUUGCCUACGUCAUCUACUACGUCAGGCACAACCAGGAGGACGCGAGGAGACACAUGGAGUACCUCAAGUCUCUACCCAGCUCCUGCCAGAUCAGCAAGGACUUUGACACAGCCAGCACUGUGCUCUAGCAGUGGGCUAUGUCUGGUGGCAGUGGCAGCGGUGGAGGUUAUGUCUAUGGGAUAGUUCACACAGUGGCAAACUUGCAAGGUGUAUGUUUCUAUUUGUAAUGUGAAGACGUGCCAUUGGACUGCACCUGCCCGUCUGCACGUGCCUGACCUGCUCGCAGUGUGCCUCGAUUUGUCAGUGCAGUCAACGUGCCCCCUUUUGUGUCGACUGUUUAUGAAGUCAUGGGGUCGAUACCUUUUGAGAUUUUGGACUGUAAUUUUCAGACUCAAUUCCGACCUACUUUUUUGUAGACUGUUAUAAUUUUUAUUUUACAGUAUUUAUUGUUUAUUGGGAAGACCUCUAUUUCUCAUCGUCAUAUGUUUUCCCAACAGGAGGAUUUAAUUAGAAAUAUAUAGUAUAAGUCUCUGAGAGUGUCUCCGUAUUGAUUUGGUUGUUGUGAUUGGUUGUAGUGCUGUACCGUACUAUUGAUCUAGUCAUUAUGAUUGGCUGUUACACUGGACUGAAUGUUCAUCUUGUGCCUUCAAGUGCCUAGAAACAGUAAACAGUACCUCAAAACCAAGGCACUGUGAAAGCUAACGUCGAACUACAAAAUCUCUUUAAAGCUAGAAUCCUUACCCACUGGGCACAGAUAUCAUUUCAAUGUCUAGUUUUGAUUGAAUUUUGGUU